GGCUUGUAUGUGUGGAACAGCAGUUUGUACGCUUCACUGUGAGUUGUUAUGGAGCUGAUUUUUGGCUUCUGAACGUUUUUCGCGUAUCUGAGAUUGAUUCGGGGAAGGUGAAAAUGUGUAGAGCCUUGGGUUGGAUUCUUGAAUUUGGUUGUGCAGUGCUAUUCCGAUUUGAAACCGCGGUGGAUUUUGAACUCUGAAUCGUGGUUUCUAUGUAAGUAGAGACUUUAGUUCUGGAGAAGUGCCGUGCUGGCCAUGGUUUGGAAUCUGUGACUUGUGACAUUCCGAGAUGUUGCUGCUGAGGGAGGUCGGGGUGCGCAGGUGACGUUCACGUUAGAGGUUUGGUGCUGAAAAGAGACUGGCGUGCUGGUUCACCUCGUGACAUUAUAAUGCCGAGCUCUCCAUAUCCGUCGUGUGUGCGUCGUAGAGAGGAUGGGGAGAGGCCUGCGGAGACGCGGGCGCGGAAACGGGUAGCGAGGUUGGAGAAGAGUGUGAGUGGUGUGGAAGAGGUUGUUAAACAUACUGUGGAUCUGGAUGGUAUGAGAGGCACCAAAACUCCAGGGAAGGCGCGUCAAACUCCUCUGCGGAGCUCCUCGCGCAUUGCCUCACUUGCCUCACGUCAGCCCGUGAAACAGGGCUUUUCAGGGUCGCCUAGAGCUCAGCGUUUUCGGAGGCGGGUUAAGGGUGCUACAAAAGUGACUACGGAAGAAAAAUCGGUGAAGGUCAAGAAAGUAGAUGUUAAAGAAGUGAAGGUCAAGAAAGGAGAGUUUAAGGAGGUGAAGGUUCAGAAGAUAGAGGUGAAGGAGGUGAAGAAGGAGGUGAAGGUUAAGAAGACAGAGGUUAAGGAGGUGAAGAAGGUGAAGAAGGAGGUUGCCAUUGUGAAAGCUUCUAAAAUUCGCAAUUGUAACGGGGAGGUUACGGCUGAAGGUGCCGAUGAUCUUAGCGAGGGUGCAGAGGAGAUCAUUACUUCCGGUUCGGAUAAGUUGGGACAGCAAAUUGCGGAGAGAGCUAGUUUAAAUGAUGCAAUGCAAGUCAAAGCAACUAUUCGAAUUUUCAACUUCAUGUACCUGGAAGCCAUUCAGGCCGAAGAUAAGCGCGCUUUGGAAAUUUUAAGUAAGAUUGGGAAGGCUUGCACUGGCAAAAGACCUUCCAAACGCCCCGACUUGAAAGCGAUUUCCAAGAUGAUCGAACUCAAGGCAACGCUCAAUCCUGAUAAACAAGUUGGCCCUAUUCCAGGUGUUAGUGUAGGCCAGCAGUUCCUGUCAAGAGCAGAGAUGGUUGUAAUAGGAUUGCAUUCUCAUUGGCUCAAUGGAAUCGAUUAUAUUGGAGCUGUUAAAGGCAGAAUGACGGAUGUGGAACUUCCAGUUGCUGUUUCCAUUGUUAUGUCUGGAGGCUAUGAAGAUGAUGUGGACAAUUCAGAGGACAUGGUCUACACUGGGCAAGGAGGAAACGAUCUUCUAAGCACUCGUCGCCAAAUUAAGGACCAAAAGAUGGAAAAGGGAAAUCUGGCUUUGAAGAAUAGCAUGAAAUGUCGACUCCCUGUCCGUGUCAUUCGUGGCCAUGCUGACAAAAGGAGCUACACUGGCAAGAUAUACACGUAUGAUGGGUUGUACGAGGUUUACGGUCAUUGGGCUGAGAAAGGAAUUUCUGGGUUUACGGUAUUUAAGUACCAGCUCCGGCGUUUGCCUGGGCAGCCUACGCUCACUAGCAAACAGGUUCAUUUUGCUAGGGGGAAAGCACCAGAUACUGUUUCGGACCUGCGGGGAUUGGUAUGUAAGGACAUCUCAAAUGGGCAGGAGCGAAUUCCAGUGCCUGCUUCUAACACCAUCGAUGAUCCUCCAUUUCCGCCAAAAGAUUACACGUACAUCACGAAGACUGUAGUACCUGACGAUAUCCCUAUGCCUAUCGCACCGAAAGGAUGCAGUUGUAAAGGGAAAUGUACCAAUGAGAAGAAAUGUGCUUGCGCUCGCAAGAACGGAACAUCUUUUCCUUACGUUUUCAAUCAUGGCGAGAGGCUGGUGAAACCUAUGGACGUUGUUUACGAGUGUGGCCCAGGGUGUGGUUGUGGCCCUGAAUGUUUGAACCGGACGUCUCAGAAAGGACUUCAAUAUAGGUUGGAGGUGUAUAAAACUGUUUCAAAGGGAUGGGCUUGCCGAUCAUGGGAUUUUAUUCCUGCGGGAGCUCCAAUCUGCGAGUACUUCGGUACAUUGAGGCGGAAUGACGAGAACCUGGAAAGUAUGUUGGAUAACAGCUAUAUAUUUGAGCUUGAUCUGCUUCAAACUAUGCAAGGCAUGGAAGGGCGCCAGAAGAGAUUUGGUGAUGUAAUGCCAGAACUUAGUGACGAAGACGACUUGUUGCAAGAUGCGCCCGCUUACGUUCUUGACGCUGGAAAGAAUGGAAACGUGUCGAGAUUUCUCAAUCACAGUUGUGAACCGAAUGUGUUCAUCCAAUGUGUGCUGAGUCAUCACAAUGAUGUUACGAUGCCCCGAAUUGUGAUGUUCGCGGCUGAUAACAUACAUCCAUUAGAGGAGUUGUGCUAUGAUUAUGGUUACGCCAAGGACAGCGUAGUGCGAGAUGGCGAAGUAGUGGAAAUGCCUUGUCAUUGCGGAGCUCCAUCAUGCCGCAAGCGGAUGUACUAGGUACAGUCCAUACAUAGUCUUUAGGGUUUAGGGUUUAUUGGAAUGUUUAUUUGGAAUUUUUAAAAUUAGGUCCAACUGUGGCGUAGUCUGAUGUAGUCAUUGUAUAUUUAAGUACUACACCCAUACGCAUGCAAUUGUGCAAUUAGCGCCGUUUUAGUCAGGAUUUUACCGCAACCCCUUCUGGUGAAUGUUCCAGAAGAGAAUUGUCUAGGUGAAGAAUCGGUUCGAAGAACCGAAAAUGUUAUGCCCUUGAUUUUUGGCGGAGUUGCACUUGGCCCUUAACUUAUUUUACAUUAUUCUUGCGAUCUCUAAAUUUAGAACUUGAACUGAA